AUGAAAGAUUUAGAAGAGAAAGGAAGGAAAAGCUAUACGGUAAAUGAUUUGUCGAAGGUGGAAUUUACCAAAAAUGGAACGGUCAAUGAUAAAGAAAGUGCAAGCGCCGCAGAAAAUGGCAAUGAAGUUCCGAGCGUAUCAUUUAUCACACUAUACCGCUUCGCUACUGGAUUGGAUAAACUGUACAUUUUCUUGGCAAUAAUCUCUUCUAUCAUUUGCGGGUGUUUGACACCAAUUAAUACUCUUCUGUUUUCGUCUUUGCUACAAAGUAUGGUUUCAUUUGGUAUAUCUGUGCAAGUUGGAGAACCCCAAAACGAGGAAUUUCUCAAAGCUAUCAGAGAAUUCGCAAUCAAUAAUAGCAUAGUCGGUGCAGUACUAGUAAUAUUAUCAUAUGCCGCAACUGCUUUUAUGAAUAUCGCUGCUUUUAAUCAGGUAUAUAGAAUUCGACAAGAAUAUUUGAAAGCAGCUUUAAAUCAAGAUUUUGAAUAUUUUGACACACAUCAGACUGGAGAUUUUGCAGUAAAAAUGACUAGUGACGUGGUUAAAUUAGAAGAUGGUAUAGGAGAGAAGCUAGCGACAUUUAUUUUUUACCAGGCGGCGUUUGUCAGUUCUAUUAUUAUGGCACUGGUUAAGGGAUGGAAAUUGGCUUUGCUGUGUUUAAUUUCAUUUCCAGUAACUUUGUUUUUAGUAGGACUUGCUGGACUAAUAGCAUCAAGGUUAUCAAAAAAAGAGGCAAUAGCAUCAGGAAAAGCCGGUGCAAUAGCUGAGGAGGUAUUAGCGGCGGUCCGAACAGUCUAUGCUUUCAGUGGCCAAAGGAAAGAAAUUGAAAGAUACGAGAAACAUCUUAUCGAGGCAAGAUCAAUCAAUAUAAAAAAGGGAUUCUUCAAUGGCAUGGCAAUGGGGACAUUGUUUUUUUGCAUUUUCUGUGCAUAUGCUCUUUCUUUUUGGUUCGGCUACAGGCUCAUGGUUGAAGAGCCUGAAACGUACGACGUUGACACAAUGAUUGCUGUAUUUUUUGGUGUCAUGAUGGGAUCGGCAAACUUUGGUAUAUCAUCUACACUUAUGGAAGUAUUUGGGGUGGCACGUGGUGCGGGCGCACAGAUUUUCAACUUGAUUGACAAUGUUCCUUAUAUAAAUCCAUUAUUAAACCGCGGUUUCACCCCCUCUAAGAUCGAAGGAAACAUAGAAUUUAAGAACGUUGUUUUCCACUAUCCUUCGAGGCCAGACGUUCCGGUCCUAAAAGGUGUAAAUCUAACUGUGCAACGAGGCCAAUCGGUAGCGCUGGUUGGACAUUCAGGAUGCGGAAAGUCUACUAUAAUUCAGCUGUUAUCUAGAUACUACGACGUUGUUGAUGGCAGUGUUUUAAUAGACGGUAAUGAUAUCCGAGAAGUAUCAGUGAGAUGGUUGCGAGCGCAAGUCGGCUUGGUUGGCCAAGAGCCCGUGCUCUUCAACACAACGGUCAAACAAAACAUCCGCUAUGGCCGAGAAGACGCAACCGACGCUGACAUUGAAGCGGCUGCUAAGCAAGCGAAUGCACACGAAUUUAUAACGAAAUUACCUUCUGGUUAUGACACUUUAGUGGGCGAACGCGGCGCAUCACUUUCCGGUGGGCAGAAACAGAGAAUAGCGAUAGCACGUGCUCUCGUCAGGAACCCGCGCAUUUUGCUACUAGAUGAAGCAACCAGCGCUCUGGACACAUCUUCUGAAGCCAAAGUUCAAAAAGCUCUUGAUAAGGCUUCGGAAGGCCGUACAACGAUUGUUGUAGCCCACAGACUAACUACAAUCAGAAAUGUUGAUAAAAUCUAUGUUUUCAAAAGUGGUAAUAUGGUGGAGAGUGGAAAUCAUGAAGAGCUGAUGAGCAAAAAAGGACAUUAUUAUGACAUGGUCAUGUUACAGUCAUCUCCUGACUUAAACGAAACAGGACAAAGAAAUAAUUUAGACCGCGCAGUUUCAAUACUAAGCGAAAAAGAUGAAGAGGAACAUUUGGAAACCAAAAUAGAAGAUGUUGACCAAUCUUUGGAUGCCGAAGAUGUAUCUUUUGCCCAAGUUGUAAAAUUGAAUGCACCUGAGUGGAAGUCGAUUACAGCGGCGAGUUUAUGUUCCCUCGUCAGUGGCUUUUCAAUGCCUCUACUUGCCGUUAUACUUGGAGACUUUCUUGGUGUGCUCUCAAAUCCUGACACAGAAGCAGUUACAGCAGAAGUACGAAGAUACGCCCUUAUAUUUGUUGGCAUUGGUGUUUUCUCAGGUGUCACUAACUUCGUAAUGGUUUCUAUGUACGGCAUGGCAGGGGAACAUCUAACAGCCAGAUUAAGGAAGUUAAUGUUCGAGAAAUUACUCCAACAAGAGAUCGGUUUCUUUGAUGAUAAAAACAAUUCUACUGGCGCUCUAUGUGCACGACUCUCUGGCGAAGCAGCUGCUGUACAAGGGGCGACAGGUCAAAGAAUAGGAACAGUGUUACAGGCAGUUGGUACAUUUAGUUUCGCGCUUGGUGUUUCUUUGUACUACGAAUGGCGGUUAGGCUUAGUUGCGUUAGCAUUCGUACCUUUCAUGGCUGCAGUUCUAUAUAAAGAAGGCAGGAUGGUCACUGCGGAAUCGUUCGGCACUGCGAAAACAAUGGAAUCUAGUUCUAAGGUAGCGGUAGAAGCGGUGUCCAAUGUUCGUACUGUAGCUUCUUUAGGCAGGGAACAAGCUUUCACUGAAGAAUAUGCCAGAUUGCUUUUACCAGCUUUGACUAUGGCUAAACGCACUACCCAUUGGCGUGGACUUGUCUUUGGACUCUCAAGAGGUCUUUUUAAUUUUGUAUAUUCCGCUACUUUGUUCUAUGGCGGAAAUCUUAUGGUGUACCAAGGAGUUGGUUACGAUGUCAUUCUUAAAUCCGCUCAAACGCUUUUAAUGGGUUCAUCGUCAGCUACACAAGCUUUUGCGUUUGCCCCUAAUUUCCAAAAGGGAAUAAAAGCUGCAGGACGCGUUAUCGUUAUAUUAAACAGACAAUCAAAGAUCACCGAUCCAGCGCAACCAGCUGUUGAAGAUUUUGAAGGAACAGGUGAAGCAAGUUUACAAAACGUAUACUUUAAGUACCCAACGCGGCCUCUCAUACAAGUACUUAAGAACUUAGAUCUUGAAAUAGAGAAUGGAAAGACAAUAGCGUUAGUAGGUGCCAGUGGUUGUGGUAAGAGUACGAUCAUUCAAAUGCUUGAAAGAUACUACGAUCCAGACGAAGGCAUUGUGGCGCAAAAUGGUAUUCCUCUACCAAAAAUACGUCUAGUUGAUGUAAGAAAGACAAUCGGUUUCGUGCAGCAAGAACCAAUCCUGUUCGACCGAACAAUAGGCGAGAAUAUCGCUUACGGAGAUAACCUGCAGAUACUUAAAAUGGAAAAUGUUAUAGAAGCCGCUAAGCAAGCCAACAUACACAACUUCAUUAUAUCUUUGCCUAUGGGCUAUGACACAAACAUUGGUUCUAAGGGCACACAACUCUCAGGAGGACAGAAACAAAGAGUAGCAAUAGCAAGAGCUUUAAUAAGAAAACCCAAAAUGCUGCUACUCGAUGAAGCCACUAGCGCCUUGGAUACAGAGAGCGAAAAGGUGGUACAAGAGGCGUUGGACGCGGCGAAGGCGGGGCGCACGUGCGUCGUGAUCGCGCACCGUCUGAGCACGGUGCGCGACGCCGACGUCAUCUGCGUGCUCAGCGACGGCUGCGUCGCCGAGAGCGGCACACACUCACAACUUCUAGAUCACAAAGGACUCUACUACAAUCUAAACAGACAAGGAUACUCU